AUGGCAAAAUCAAUUCGAGCUAAGAACAAGAUGGCUUCCCGGGCCCGAAAGAGGUUGCAAACUCAUUACGCUGUGACUGACGCCGCUAGAACUCAACGAUUGUCCGAUAAACUAUUAGGCAAAGACAAACAAACAGAAGGAGACAUGGAUGUCGAGGCUGAAGGUGAAGGUGGAGGUGAAGGGGAAAUUGAGGGAGAAAGUAAAGAAGGUGAUGAAGAGAUGAAAGAAGAAUCCAAGAAAGUCUCUACAUCAGUGAGAAGAGGAUCAAGACGUGAACAAUGGAGAUUAUCAAAAGGCAUGUCAGCUAAACCUAAAAGGAAAGGAAUGGGAUGUAAACCCACUAGAAGAAGAUAG